AUGGCGUCCGACGAGCAUUACCAGUUAUGCCUCCCCAUCCUGCAGGACGAUACCCUAGACGACGAGGACAAAACUGAGCGGCUGGAAGAACUGCUUCGGGAGAAGACCGCUCUGCGCGGUGCUGCUCUGGAGAACACAGUCAUGUCGGUACUCUGGCGAAGGAGAAACGGAGGCGAGGCGCCUGAUGCCCCUUUGAGGCACACCAUCAUCCGCAAGUCCUCUCCUGCGCCGUGGCAGGUCAACAGAGCGCCCACUCCUAUCGGAUCUCCCCCAACAGCCUCGACGCCCCCGACAGCUUCGGCCUUCCCUCAGUCCCGACCGAGCUUCUCGCGCCAAAAAUCCGCCAUCUCCUCCCCUUUUGCUUCCCCUCGGCCAUCUCCACGUCUGGCUCUUGCUCAGCCCAUUCCUCAUAGCCCAAGCUUGAAUGCAUACGAAUUCUCGGAUCAGAGCCAUGCACCUGACAUCUACGGCGACUAUGGCAGCGAGAAUGUGGAUUGGCUUCUGCAGGAUGAUACUGCCAGCAAUGCCUCAUCGACUGGCUUGAGUGCUGCUGCGCCAGAAUGGAUGCCACAACCAGAUAUGAGUCCCUACGAUAUUCUGAGGUCCGUCUUGGGCGAUAAGAAGUCCGAUGACGAGAUAGAAAAGGCAUUGAACGAGCACUCCUACGACCUGGGCGCCACAAUCGCUGCACUACUCGGCUCGGAUGAGACUCAUUUCACUGCUAUUCCUGAUAGCAAUGUUCUGGUUGGCAAAUCAAUGAAUGUCCUGCAACGCCCAGUCACACCAAAUGCUGUCAAGAGUCCCAUCGUUUGCAAGUACUGGCUCGCGUCAGGCUCAUGUCUAAGGGCGGACUGCAGGUUCGCUCAUGACACCAGCGGCUAUCUUUGCAAGUACUUCAUGCAAGGGCAUUGUCUUGCGGGCGAUUCCUGCCAGUUCUCUCACGAUCCAGCCUUGUUGAUCAAUCACUUAUCCUUGACCAACUCACAUUCUCCUGGUCCUCAAUUCCAGCUUCAGGAGUCGUCUGAUCAAUUUCCGUCCCUCUCGCCUCCAGUCAAGUCUGGGCUAUCCCCAGCAGCCAACGGCUUUGUCCCUGCGGCUCAGCGGGGGAGGGGAAGUUUUUUGCCGACAUCGCGACCGCAUUCUCGGCCGAAUUCGAGACACCAGAACAGACCAGAAACACCAUCCUCCUUGUCUAUGGACGACCCGGACUCUUUUCCAACCCUUGGCUCUGCUAAACGUGCCACGAAGCAUCAUGGCACCCGUUCUCGCCAUGGCCCUUCAACGCCUCAACAGAUCGUUGAAAAGGAGCCCUCCUCACUUGCUGAUGUAGUUCGCAUGUCUCCGUCUCCAGCACCCACUCAGCCCCGCAAGAUUGAAGUCGCCGGUGGUCGAAAAAUUCGUACCUACGGUGGCAAUGACAGCGCCGCCGCCCGGCGUAUCCCCGAACCGCAGCAUAUUCCCUGGCUUGAGACCGGCGCCAAAGCCAACGCACAGUAUUUGAAGUAUCGGGCCGAGGCCAUCAAGCAUGGGAGUGUACGUAAUAAGUUCCUGCAAAGCGCUGCACAAGCAUGGAACCGCAACGACGCGCGCGCAGCCAAGGCGCUCUCGCUGCGUGGCCAAGCUGAGAACGAGGCGAUGCGGAAAGCCCACCGUGAAGCUGCGAAUGCGUUAUAUGAGGAGCGUAACAAACACCUACAGAAUGGCGACAACGGCGAUGAGGAGCUUUACGUUGAUUUGCACGGCCUCCACCCUGAGGAAGCAGUCUCAUACCUCGACUCCAUCCUCCUCCAGCACGAGAAAGGCCCACGUCGCGUUAUCUACGCCAUCACAGGCACAGGGCACCACAGUAAGAACGGCAAGGACAAGGUGGGCAAGGGUGUGCGCGGUUGGCUAAACGACGGGGCCUGGAGCUUUCGCGAAUUCAGCGUUCCUGGUGAGAGGGGCGGUUACGUGGGUGGAGUGCUGGGUAUCGAUGUUAGUGGGAGGAGGGCGAGUACGGGCGCGGGUGCGGUGACGGGCGGACGGGCGGGAGACGAGGGCGAGGAAGAGGAGGAGAAUGCUGGCAUGGGAUUGCGAAGUGGUAGCGGCAGUGGCGGUGGAGGGUUGGUGAUCGGCGAAGGGAGAGUGCGGGUAUUGAAGAGGGAGGAGGUUGGUGCUAGCUGA